CUCUCAUCUCGACGCUCUUCCAAAACUCUAAAGAAAAGCAUAAUUUUCGAUCGCAGAAAGGGUUUAAAAAAGAAGAAUAAAAAAGCUCUUUCCAAUCAAUUCUUCUUCUACUUAUUCGAUCAAUCGAGGGUUUCAUUAAAAAAAUUGGUUUCAAAAUAUAAAGAUAAGAACAUAAUGAUGUCAGUUACACCCGAUCAAUUUAAAAAAGUUGGAAUGGGGUUAACACCAUCUCCAGUUCCUUUCCUCACGCCUCGGCCUGAACGUCGCCGCCAAGAUUUGAGAGGUUCCGAGUGGAACUCCAAUCGUCUUGACAAAGAUAAAGAGGUGAAUGUGCAAGUGCUUCUAAGAUGCAGGCCACUGAGCGAUGAUGAGGAAAGGUUAAAUGUCCCAAGAGUGGUAUCUUGUAAUGAGCAUAAAAGGGAAGUCACUGUUAUGCAAAAUGUAGCUAACAAGCAAAUAGAUAGAGUUUUCACUUUUGACAAGGUUUUUGGACCAAAAUCACAACAAAGAUCAAUUUAUGACCAAGCCAUUGUUCCCAUUGUAAAUGAAGUCCUUGACGGCUUCAAUUGCACAGUCUUUGCAUAUGGGCAAACAGGCACUGGUAAAACAUAUACAAUGGAGGGUGGGAUGAGAAAUAAGGGUGGUGAAUUACCUGCUCAAGCCGGUGUUAUUCCAAGAGCAGUUCGCCAAAUUUUUGAUACUUUAGAGGCACAGAAUGCUGACUAUAGCAUGAAAGUGUCAUUUUUGGAGUUGUACAAUGAAGAAAUUACUGAUUUGCUAGCUCAAGAAGAUAAUUCUAAAUCUAUGGAAGAUAAGCAAAAGAAACCCAUUUCCUUGAUGGAGGAUGGAAAGGGUUGUGUGGUUGUAAGAGGCCUUGAAGAAGAAGCUGUAUAUAGUGCAAAUGAAAUUUACACCAUUUUGGAAAGAGGAGCAGCCAAAAGGCGUACAGCGGAUACCUUGUUAAACAAGCGCAGCAGUCGCUCCCAUUCUGUCUUUUCCAUUACUGUCCAUGUAAAAGAAGCAGCUGUUGGAGAUGAGGACCUUAUUAAGUGUGGCAAACUUAAUCUUGUUGACUUGGCUGGAUCAGAGAAUAUAUCUCGUUCAGGUGCACGAGAGGGUCGUGCAAGGGAAGCAGGCGAGAUAAAUAAGAGCUUACUCACCUUAGGCCGAGUCAUUAAUGCAUUAGUUGAACAUUCUGCUCAUAUUCCAUAUAGGGAUAGCAAGCUAACAAGGCUGCUAAGAGAUUCUUUGGGAGGGAAGACAAAAACUUGUAUCAUUGCCACAAUUUCACCAUCUGCACAUUCUCUAGAAGAAACUCUGAGUACUCUAGAUUAUGCCUACCGUGCUAAGAAUAUAAAGAAUAAACCAGAGGCAAACCAAAAAAUGUCCAAAACUGUUCUGUUGAGGGAUUUGUACUUGGAAAUAGAGAAAAUGAAAGAAGACGUUCGAGCAGCAAGGGAUAAAAAUGGUGUUUACAUUCCACAUGAAAGAUAUGCCCAGGAAGAAGCUGAAAAGAAGGCAAGAAUUGAGAAAAUAGAUCAGCUGGAGAAUGAUCUGAGGCUCAGUGAGAAGGAAGUUGAUAUGUAUCGCGAACUGUAUAUCACUGAACAAGAAGAGAAAUUGGACUUAGAAAGCCAGCUCAAGGAUUGCAAGAUGAAUUUGGAAAACAGAAACAAAGAAUUUCUUGAACUUCAAGAGUACCACAGGGUAGCCCUCUCAACAAUCAAAGAAAAGGAGUUUAUAAUCUCCAAGCUUCUAUUCUCAGAGAAUUCUUUAGUUGAACGGGCAAAGGAGUUGCGAAAUGAGUUGCAAAGUGCAUCAGUUGAUAUAACUUCGCUCUUUGCAAAAUUAGAUCAAAAAGACGAGAUGGAAGCUAAAAAUCAUAGCAUGGUUCUGUCAUUUGGUUCUCAGCUUGAUCAGAGGUUAAGAGAUUUGCACAAGACUAUCCUGGGAUCAAUCUCUCAACAACAGCAACAAUUAAGAUGUAUGGAAGAACAUGCACAUUCCUUUCUUGCAAGUAAAUGUGAUGCAACAGAAAUCUUGGAAUCAAGGAUAAAGAAAUUGACAGAGACAUACACUUUAGGCAUAACAAAUUUGAAGGAACUUGGUAACUCAAUGCAAAAGAAAGCAUCCUCUGAUCUGGAACAGAUAAAUUCUACAACCUUGUCUCAUGGAAAGGCUGUUGAGCAAUUUCUUGUCACUAUAGUGUCAGAAGCGAAGGAGGUUAUCAGGGACAUCCAGAAUUCUCUGAUUGAACAAAAAAAGUUCCUGGCAUUCUCUGCCCAACAGCAAGAGGAGGGCUUACAGCGAAGCUUGGUUUCUGCAAAAGAAAUUUCAAAGGCAACCAUGGAUUUUUUUUGUGACCUUUAUCAACAGGCCUCCAAUGUCAUGACAAUGAUUGAAGAGAGCCAGGCUGAAAACUCAAAGGAAUUAGCUAAUUUCAACAAGAAGUUUAAGGAGGAGGCCGCCAAAGAGGAAAAAGAGGCUCUGGAAAAAAUUGCUGUGAUAUUAGCAAACUUGACAUCUAAGAAAUCUGCUAUGGUCUCAGAGGCAUCAAAGAACAUUCAGGACUCAAGUACACAACAGAAUAAGAGAUUGCAUAUAGAGAUUUCUCACAUGCAGCAGGUCUCAACUGAUGCUAGAAAAGAAUUGAGCAAGUAUGUAGAGAAAGUGGAUAGUCAUUUCAUGCAGGACACAUUCUCAGCAGCUGAAUCUAAGGCUAUUAUUGAAAAUUUCAUUGAAGAGUGCUCCAUUAAGGUGGAUUCUUCUAAGCAACAGUGGGAACGUGCUCAAUCAUACAUGAGUGGUCUUAAUACAAGGAGCAUUGCAGAGAUAGAAUCCGCCGUAAAGGAAAAUAUAAGCACAAAUCAAAUAGCACAUGAAGAAUUUUUAUCUGCUUGCUCUUCAAUCGAUGUAGAUUUCAGUUCUAGAGCUGGUGAUAUUGUGGCAUCUGUUGAUGAUUUGCUAAUGCGGGAUCAGGAAAGUAAAAAGGAAAUAGACUCGAUGACUACUGCAUGUUUAGAUCAGCUCAAAUUGAUACAAGAAAAGCAUGGCGAAAACAUAACAAGCAUCAGAAAUCAAGCCGAAAAGUCCCUUACAAAAGAUUAUUUGGUUGACCAGCAUAGUAGCACAACACCUAAGAAACGACUUAUAACAGUGCCAAGCUUGGCAUCUAUAGAAGAGAUGAGGACAGCCAUGGCAUUUGAGAAUCUGGAAGAAGGGAAUAUUGUGGACCACAGAUCAAAAUUGGGCCACAACGAAAGCAAGAACAUGCCUAUUGUUGCAGCCUCACCUAAUAGAACUCCUUUUGCAGAUGUCAAUUAAUUUCUAGGCAUUUGGUGGCCAGGUUUAGCUAUAUGUACUCAUCAACUGAUGAGUGCAACUUCAUUUGUUUUAACCUGUUAGGAACUGAACUGAAUCGUCCAGGAAGAUGUCUAGAUAGCUGUUGUAGUAAUUAUGUAAUACUGAAUAAUUAGUUUCUUAGUUUCUUCUUCUCAAA